UAAUAGUUUGUUGCUUGUUGAAUCAUUAAGCUCUUUUUUGUUUCUACUUGUUUACUUCAUUUUAAAGUUAUGACAUAGAAUCUUUUGCUGUCGCUCACUUUGUACCUAUAUGUAUAUAUAGAAGAGCGAUUUUAAGCAUCCCUUUCCAUUUUAAAGAAUUCAAAUGAAAAUAGACAGAAAUGUUAGAAUUCGGCCACCUUUUGUUUUCUUCAGGAGAAGGAAAUUAAGGGUUUUUUGUUUCUACUUGUUUACGUAAUUUAAAGGAUUGAUGUAGAAUCUUUUGCCGUCAAAUCACUUUUUAUUCACUUGUUCACAUUCUACCUUUAUGUUUAUAUAGAAGAGUGUUGAUAAGAAUCUGUUUCCAUUUUAAAGAACUCUACUUAAAAUUUGGCCAUCUUUUCUUAUCCCUUUUUUUUUUUCUUUUUUGUUUCCUUUUUUUUCCCCUUCAGGAAAAAUAAGUUUUUAAGUCGUGGGUUGAGAUAGUAUUUGACUAUGGCAAAGAAGAUAAUGACUAAAAAUCCACAUAUUCUCCAUGGAAAUAAUAAAGUUUAUGAUGAUCGGUGCUGAUGUUGAAGAGGCCAGCAUCUUUGAUGUGUUUCUAAGCAAAUUGUUUGUAAAACCCUCAAAAGUGGCUUGAGAUGCCACCGUUUUAUGUGUUUGGUUUUUUCUUAGAUGGAUCUUUUUGCUAUAAAGAUAAAGAAACAGUGACUUGACUUUAAACUGGACGACUUUGUUCUAUCCAAAUAACGUGCUAUCUUUUUUAUUUAAGUAUUGAAUUAUUCUGUACAAGAAAAUAAACAAUAUAGAUACAUAAAACAUUAGGAAGUAAUUAAAAUAGAUGCAUUAGGAAAUAAACAAAUUUGGAAAAUUUGAUUGGUUGUUUCUAUUGUUUACUUUUCUUUUUUAGUUUUAAAUUAAAAUAAAACUAAUUGACAAUUUUUACAUCAGCAAUGCAGAUGAUGAUCAUAUCUAAAAUAUUCACAUCUCUAAUUCUAUAUACCAAAAAGAAGAACUAGUUUCUAUGGAUCUCCCACUCUUCUAAGUUAUGUGAAUGUGCUUCACUAUUUAUUAUGCUCGUUAUCUAAUAAUUUCUAAAUCAUAAAAUGUUAUUUAUGAUUGUUGAGGAUAGGAAUACCAAUAAUAUGGUUGCUAAAAUGAGGUGGAUCUAUCGUCCACCAUUAUUGAUAAUAAUCAGCAAAAAAGCUAAUAACGAAAGGUCUUGAUUUUUUUUUUUUCGGUAAAAGAAAUAAUAUUAUAAUUUUAUGAUUAUAUGUUAUCUGUUACUUAUUUUUAUUUUUAAUUUGUGGCUAACGCGGGCAUCUAAUAAUCCCUCUAUCCUACCCUGGUUGACAAGGAAAGGGAGUACCUCACUUCCCUUUACCAAUUAGACUAACCAUUAUGGAGUUUUAAUCAUUUUAUAAUAUCUGCUCGAUCAAAUUCCAAAUCAACUAAAUUUAAUUUACUGCCAAUCGACUUCACCAUUCAAUAACAACAUUUUAACAACCAAAAAAAAAAAAAUAUAUAUAUAUAUAUAUAUAAUAAUAAAAUUAAAAAAAAAAAACAUUUUUUGUGCUACUCUGAAAUCCAUAAAAUAUAUGACAGAAAAAGAAGGAAAGAAAAAAUUUUUGUGCUACACUUUGAAAAUCAUUUUCAAUAUAAAAGAGGAAGAAACAAAGGAGAAACACUUUGCGGUUGUUGGAUCAUGCUUAAAACGAGCGAAAGAGAGAUGGGCUAGCCUUUAAAUUCGUUGGCUCACACUCCAUUGAUGAUCUCAUGGCCUAUUAUAGGGAAAAUCCCACCUGGCACCUGGGCUUGAGCCGAUUAGGAUCAUCAUCAUAAAUACCAAAAUUGAAGGGAAAGAGAUGUGGAUUUACACGUUCUAAAAAUUUGCACUUGGACUAUGACUACUUUGCAUCAUGAAAUAAGUCCUCCAUUCUCAUAAUGCUAACAUUUUAGCCUCCUUUCCCUUCAUCAGCUGUCUCUGAUUCUCAGUUUGUUGAAUCAAAUUCCCAUAAUUUUCUCUCUCUCUGAAAAUCUACCGCUACAAUGGAGGAUGAAGCGGUAAAGGUGGUGAAGAAGAUGGCUAAUCGUGAUGCUACCUUGCAUGCAACGGGUUUGCGAAUAUUUACUCCUGUCAUUGCCAUGGUUAUACUCUUAUGGAUCAUAUAUUCUGGUUUUGAAGUUGCAACUGAAACUCAGAUUGACAGUAAUGCUAACAGUAGUACCUGGGGUUUUCAUGUUGGGGUCAUAACUCUACUCUUCGGAUGCUUGUUCCUGGCACUUGGUAUUCCUAUACUCAUUAACUUGUUUAUCAAAUUAUCAGAACAGUUGCAGAAGCAGGAGGAAACUGGCAUCUACCAAGGAGCUGAUGAGAAGAAAUCAAGAUCAACGGUCAUCAUUCGCAUCUUUGUAAUUCUGAUCACAAUGUGUGUGUUAGCAUGGGCUACUUACACUGGAUUUAGGCUUGCAACUGAACCACAGAGAGAUGGUAAAUAUUAUCCCCUUGCAUUUCCAAUCGGGGUGGUCACUAUCUUGUUUGGUCUGGUCUAUGGUAUCAUUGGGCUGGGGAUAGUUGGAGAUCUAGCAAUAUGUCUGAUAGCACAGUUGAUGCCCAAAGAGAGAAAGGGAAUCAUUAUUCAUCAAGAUCGCAGCAACACAGAUGAUAAAAGUGUCGUUUGAAACUGCUACAAAUUAAAUUACAUCUUGUAUCUAAUUGUUCUGCCAUACCUGAUUCAGUAGGAUAUUCAGAUCCUUUCAGUUUCAGACUAUUCGUACUUUCUUAAUAAAGCAGCAAAGCAUAUCUACAUGGAAUUCAAAUGCAAUAAGUUUUGGUUUUGCACACCAUCUCUCCAUAAUGGAUGUAAAUGAAUGACUGUUAAAGAAAAUAUACUUGUUCCCUCCUCAUUGCCCACAAUCACAAGAAAAUGGGAAGUCCAAGGUUGGUGCUAAAAAAUUUCCAUCUUUGCUUUCAAAAAUCAAAUGUACUAUUUGCUAUUUAUUCUCAUCAAAAGAAUAACUAUCAGUAGCUAGAGCAUAUAAUAUGAAACCAUUUACCGUAAUCUAAACAAAAUCACGAGCUUUCAGCAAAUCAAAGUUACACCCAACUAAUUCAGCAAAUUUUUUUCCUGCCUAAUUGACAAGACAUCUAGAGCUAUAAUCAAGCUGAGUACGCCACCAUAACAAUGAAAAAAUGCUAAUAAUUCCGAGCAGUAAAGUCUUAUUAUUAUCCAUGCGAAUCGUCAUCAGCUUACACAGUUUGUGAUGAAUAGCAAAACUUCAUAACAAUAUAUGCUCUGAUUCAUAAUAAUGUUUGGCAUUCUAGAAACGUAGCAGCUACUGAAACUGCAGAAGCAUGAUUACGCCUAAACCAGUACAGAAAGCUCAUUCAGGUAGACAUUUAGCACUUUUUAUCAGCUAAACCAUCCAAUUAACUCUACCCUUUAUGACCCUUCCAUCCAAACUUGAAUUCCUCAUUACCGAAAAACUUCCUCACAGCUUCAAUUAUUCGAACCAAUUACCCGGAACAACAAUCAUUUUCAACUGUGUAGUCUUAAGGCGUGGUGGAGCAGAGAAAAACUCCAACAUUGAGUUAUUAUCAUUUCAAAAAUGGCAACCAACAAAAAUGAUUACUUUUUCUAUUCUGCCUACAUUUUUGCAUUCAACCAUCAAACGCAUACCCAAAUUUUUUUUUUAAUUAAAAAAAAAAAGGCAGAGACUUUAUAAAUAAAAUUCCCAUGUAAAUUUUAAACUGAAAGUAUACAAAUUAUGCCCAUUAAACCCCUAAACCGCUGCUCCACGAAAAAUCAAAAAGAAAGAUUACAUAAAGGAGAGCUAAAAAGCUCAUAGGGGUUUUGGAUGAAGAAGAGGAACAAAAAAAAAAAAAAAAAAAAGAAGAAGACAAA